UGCCCGCCACCACCUCCCGCCACCGCACCGUCCGCCAAUUCGAUUCGCAACAGAUAUAUAGAAGCCGUUCGCCACAUCGGCCAUCAGUAGCGAUCGGCAUGGACGGCGAGGGCGAGCCGACUAAGUACCGCGGCGUCCGGCGGCGGCCGUGGGGCAAGUACGCGGCGGAGAUCCGCGACUCGAGCCGCCACGGCGUCCGCAUCUGGCUGGGCACCUUCGACACCGCCGAGGAGGCCGCCAGGGCGUACGACCGCUCCGCCUACUCCAUGCGCGGCGCCAACGCCGUCCUCAACUUCCCCGAGGACGCGCGCGUCUACGCCGCCGCCGCCCGCGGCUCCGGCUCCUCCUCCUCCUCCUCCAGGCAGCAGCAGCAGCAGCAGCAGCAGCCCGGCGGCAGGGACGUGAUCGAGUUCGAGUACCUCGACGACGAGGUGCUGCAGGAGAUGCUCCGGAACCACGACGACGGCGGCCCGUCGUCGGCGCGGAAGAAGAAGUAGCGCGCGCGCAUCGGUCUGCCAUGCAUGAUGUGUGCAUCGUCGAUCCGACUUCAGAAGAAUGCCGCCACGUCUGCGUGGAUUGUUACAUUGUCGCCGCAUGCAGUGACGACCUUAAUUUGGAGCUGCGGCCAGCAGUAUACACACACCCGGCUGGCCCCUUAUUUCUAUACACACACCCGGCGGCUAAGCAAUACUAUUGUUGAUAGCCCUUAAUUAGUUUUUGCAUGCAGUGGCAUAUAUACUAUAUAUAUUAUCGACUAA